UAAUGGUCGUCAAAAAUGCUGUGACUCAAGCAAAUCUCACAUCGCCGGAAUAGAAAUUUUGUUUAAAUAAAAGUUGUUGACAAUAAUCAUUCUUUCUGGUAUCUGAAUUAUCUACAAUGGAUAGCGGGUCCGAAAACAACGAUUCAUUUUUCAUCGAGGGACCCUCUAACACUGGCCCUAAUGCAAAUGAGGAGAAUUUUGCCGAUGAUGGAGACUUUGGCCCACCCAUGUCUUAUCAACAACAGCAUUAUGGUGGACCUAGAGGCCCACCAGGAAUGGGGCCUAGACCGAUGGGCAUGAGACCUGGCAUGAGACCAUUUGGUGGAGGUGGUAUGGGCCCCCGUCCACCGUUUAUGCAGAGAGGACCACCAGGAGGACAUGGUGGAUUCCAUGGCCCCCCUCGUCCAGGUCCACCUGGUCAGCGUUUCCAAGGCCCACCACCAAGAGGUAUGGGCCCGAUGGGAGGCCCACGAGGGCCACCUCCAAAUAUGAUGCAAGGCUAUGGUGAUUAUCCUCGACAGAUGAGACCCCAUUUUUCACAGGAACAGAAUGGUGGUCGCAAUGGCGAUUCAAUGGAUGGCUCUGGCGGAUGGGAUAUGCAAGGUCCACCUAAUCAACCAAAUGGUGGUGGCAUGGGCUACAUGGGUGGCCCACCACAACAAGGACCACCUCCGAGUUAUGGUAAUGUACCACCUCCCCAUAAUCAACAUUAUGGAAAUAUGCCUCCUCAACAGCCUCCAGCACAUGGUUACGGUAACAGUGGUCAUCCUGGUUAUCCUGGAUCUGGGAUGCCUCCUGCACCUGGUGGAUACCAGCAACCACAUCAGUCUCAACCGCAAUCUCAUCUAGCUCCAGUUAGUGAAAUCGACGCAUCAACUGACGAAGUCUGGGUUGAAACGAAAGCAGGAGAUGGUAAAUCAUAUUAUUAUCAUGCUAAAUCAAGAGAGACUACUUGGACUAGACCCGAGGGGCCGAACGUAAAGGUUUUGACUCAGCAGCAGGUUGAAGCAAUGGCACAGUCUGCAGCAUCAAAGCCCCCAGAAAAUGGAGUGGCUAUGCCAACUGGACCAACUCAAGGUGGUAGCUAUGGACCUGGAGCUCAACAGCCAUUUUAUCCAGCACAUCAAGGUUGGAACAUGGGGGGUGCAGUAGCUCCAACACCUGCACCUGCAUUGUCGGCUGGACCUGUUCCAUAUCCCGUUAUGUUGGGAUCUGAUCCAGGGACUGAUCCCAUACUAUUGUCACAAGCAAUGGAAUGGUGCGAAUACCGUUCCCCAGAUGGCAAGCCUUAUUACUUUAAUGUAAAAUCAUCAUCGAGUGUAUGGGAAAAACCGCAGGCUUUGAAAGAUUAUGAAGUGGCUCGCCUUGCCGCAGCAGCCCGAGUUCAUGCCACUCCUUCUGUCCCAAUUGCCCAACCCGUUCAGCCCGCUUCAAUGCCAGAGGUUGCGAAAAAAGAGGAACCCAAAGUCUCCGAAUCUGAAAAGGCAGAACCAGCGAAAGAAACGAAGGAAAAAGAGGAAGUUAAAGUACCGAAAGACAAGAGUAGACCCGUUUCUAGCACUCCGGUGCCUGGAACUCCAUGGUGCGUUGUUUGGACUGGUGACGGAAGAGUAUUCUUUUUCAAUCCAAGUACCCGUUCUUCCGUCUGGGAGAAACCAGAAGAUUUGAAAAACCGACCUGACGUCGACAAGUUGAUAGCGAACGUCCCCGAUGACAGUCCUCAACAAGUUGAUAAGAAAGAUGAAAUUAAAGAAAUCAAGCCAGAUAAAAAGAAGAAAAGCGAAAGCGGAACCGAUGAACCUCCUCCAAAGAAAUCCAAAAUCAAUGACGAAGUCAUUGAAGAGGUUAGAAUCGAAGAACCCACCAAAGAUACUGCGAUGGAGGCUGAGGUGAAAGCUGCUCAACAGAGAGCUGUGAUUCCCCUCGAGGAUCGUGUUCAGCAGUUUAAAGCCAUGUUGGCAGAGAAAGAGGUUUCCGCUUUCUCAACAUGGGAAAAAGAAUUACACAAAAUCGUUUUCGAUUCCCGAUAUUUAUUGCUGACAUCCAAAGAAAGAAAAGACGUAUACGAGGACUUCGUCCGCGAGAGGGUUGAAGAGGAGCGCCGAGAGAAGCGAAAUCGGAUGAAGGAGAAAAAGGACGACUUCCGAAGGCUAAUGGAAGAUGCCAAACUUAACGGAAAGUCGACCUUCUCUGAUUUCAAUCAUCGAUACAGCAAAGACGAGCGAUUCCGCGGCGUGGAGAAGACGAGGGAGCGUGAGUCACUCUUCAAUGAAUUCAUCGUCGAGGUCCGCCGCAAAGAGAAAGAUGAACGGGACGCUCACCGUGAAAAGGCCAGAAAAGAGUUCGUCUCCUUCUUGCGGGAGCAACUGGGCGACCAACCGUCUGAGCGGUACUCGCGCUGGACCGAAGUGAAGCGAAAGCUGGAAGACACCAAAGAUAGUCGUUUACGGAAUGUCGACAGCAGUUUAAGGGAGGACUACUAUAGAGAAUGGAUCCGCACAGUGCGUGAAAAGAUGGAGAAAAAGGAGAAGGAAAGAGAAAAGAACAAAGAAUCCAAGAGCAGUAAGAGGGAUAAGGAUCGUGACGAGCGAAUCAAAGAAAGGAAGGAUAGCGAUCGAAGCCGGGACCGUAAAGACAAAGAAAAGGACAAGGACAAAGAAAAGGAUCGAUCUAAAGACAAGGAUAGAAAAGAAAAGGAUCGACGCAAAGACAAGAACAAGAGUAAAGAUGGUGAAAAAUCCAAAGACAAGUCAAAGAGCAAGGACAAGGAGAAAAAGCGUAAAGCCAAAACCGAUUCGGAAGAGGAAGAAGGGGAGACCCGUGACGAUGUCGAAAUGGAAGAUAACGGCGAUCACGAUAAAGUCGCUUCAUCCGACGAAGUCCACGCAGUGGAAGAUGACGACGAAGAUGUUGAACGCGAUCCAGCCGAUGGCGAAGCAGAACAAAAGGAAGAGUGUGAAGAUCCUGAAGCGGCUGCAGUAGCAGCUGCCGAGGAGGAGGAAGAAGAAGAGCGUGAAAAGCGUAAUCGGGAGAAAAAAGCCCGCGAAGAGGCUAGUCUGCGCGAAAGGGAGAAGGAAGUGCAACGAGCCUUGGCUCCCCAUUUGAGGGAUCGUGACAAGGAGCGUAUCGCACAUCAACAUGGCGAAGCUGUUUCUCAAUUCACAGCGCUCCUGACUGACUUGAUUCGCAAUCCUGACAUGUCGUGGAAAGAGGCGAAACGAACGUUGCGGAAAGAUUCCCGGUCGGAAGUGACUGAUAUCUUGUCAAAAGAGGAAAGAGAGAAAAUGUUCUCCGAGCACAUUGAAAAACUCACAUUCAAGAAGAGGGGGAAAUUUAGGGAGAUGCUGGAAGAAAUCGGUGAAUUGACUCUGACCACUGCAUGGAAAAAAGUGCGUGGUCUCAUCAAGGACGAUCCUCGAUAUGCCAAAUUCUCAUCUUCAGACAGAAAAUGUGAAAAAGAAUUCAAUGAAUUCAUGAAGGAUAAAAUGGUAGCCGCCAAGGCUGAUUUCCGUGAGCUCUUGAAGGAGAGCAAAUUCAUUUCGUACAAGUCAAUGAAGAGUGUCCGUGAGUCUGACCAAGCCCUCAAGGAUAUCGAGUCAACCCUGCGAAAAGAUAGGCGUUACCUUCAACUAGAAUGCGUCCGGCAUGAGAGAACAGAUCUGCUGAUGGCCCAUCUCGAAGAAUUAGAACGUAAAGGACCACCUCCGCCACCCACCGCCACGGAACCAGUUCGAAGGGAUAAGCAUUAGUUAAGUAAGCAAUUAAACAUGAGUAAAACGGAGAGAGAAAAGAGAGUGCAGGCAGUUUAAAAAUUUGUGGCAAUUGAUCUUUUUUUUGAAUUUUAGUUGGUGCAUCUAACAGGUUAUGUGUUUAACUGUAGCUUCUAUUUAGCCAAGUGAUUGUGUUUUCAAUAUUUUCCAUCCUUGACCUUAAUUAAGGGUACAUUUUUGAUGAAAAAGACGAAGCAAGUAAUUUUUUUUAAUUCUUUCAGAUUGAGUUUUUCUUUUCUCCUUUUUUUAGGAUGUCCUGACAUCCCUCACAACAAUGAUUAAUAAUAAUACACAAAAACCAAAACGUAA